GUUUCUCACAGUCAACCAUCAGCUCUCCAGAAGUCGCUCCUUCACCUGCUGUUGCUGCUACACCCAGGGUUUACCCUCCAGUCUCUGCUACACCCAGGGUGUUAACUCUACCGUGUGUUGAGUAGUAACCAGAUCUUCACCAUGAUCAUUGCUAUCACCAUCCUCCUUGCAGCGUGUGGCGGUGCCCUGGGGAGGGCGCCCAGGCAGCUCGGUACGCCCGUCAACGAGGUACCCAACUCAAUCCCAGUGGAUCAAGGGGAAGGAAGUCUUCCAGUGGUGGUCAACCCCAUCCCGGCAGCCAAUCCUCAGCUCAGCCCCCAGGUCAUACCCCAAGCCAACCCCAUCCAGCUUGGGGUUCGACCCCAGACGCUACCCCAGGUGUUCCCCAGUGGUAAUGCCGUCCUGGAAGAUGCCCAGAUCGGCCACCUGCUGAGAACAGCGCCCGCAGGAUCCCAGCUGCUGAGAACGACUGCGCCUGUGGGUAGCCUCCUGUCUCGUCUUCCAGAUAAUGCUACCCUUAUCAGGACAAAUAUUGUCGACACCUUCAGCUGCAGUGGACGGGUGUACGGAUACUACGCUGACCAGGACAACGACUGCCAGAUCUUCCACGUGUGUCUGCCACUACAACAGCUUUACCCUGCCAACUUCACCAAAGAGACUACCUUCACUUUCAGCUUUAUCUGCCCUCAAUAUACCAUCUUUAGUCAGGACUCGCUGACCUGCGCCUGGGAGUCGGAAGCUCUGCCGUGUGAGGCCGCUGCUACUCUCUAUGGCAUCAACGACAGCUUCUUCAAGAAGAUCAGGGACAGCGACGGCAAGGAACGCUACGCUCAGCUCGGUGAAAACUUCUCCCCGUCGUCCGCUGGCUCGGGCGCCAUAUUCAACAUCCCCUAGUCCCUAAAGACCUCCAACAGUUGUUCGCCCUGAGAUACGCAAGAGAAGGGGAACAUGGGACUCUCUUCCCAGGGCAUGCAUGAUAAGAGAAGGUCUCACAGGUCUCUCUUGGGGAAUAAGGGGCAUUGUGGGCAUGGGUAUAACUCUGUACAAUGACUGUCUUCGCUAGUCCUUUCCUAACGCUCAUCAACGUGUGAUGAUGCAGCUUUUCUGGGCAUUAUUGUCUUUGUAUUUGUUAAGUGAUCGGUUGACUAUUGCACACUUGGGUACUAGUUCCGGUGUUAACCCCGGGCCUUCUGUCGGCGAGAAUCAACUAGGGGUCCCCAUAGUACCCUCUAGUGGUAGAAGUCUGAACCACAGGCCCACUGGCGGCGAGUAAGUCAACUAGGGCCCUAGAGUAUACUCUCCAGUGGUAGAAGUCUGAACCACGGGCCCUCUGGCGGCGAGUAAGUCAACUAGGGCCCUAGAGUAUACUCUCCAGUGGUAGAAGUCUGAACCACAGGCCCACUGGCGGCGAGUAAGUCAACUAGGGCCCUAGAGUAUACUCUCCAGUGGUAGAAGUCUGAACCACGGGCCCUCUGGCGGUGAGGGAGUCAACUAGGACCCCACUGGUGGCCGGCAGUGAACCAGGAGACAGUGAUGAAUGAUCUUCUCAAGAGAGAGAGGUCAAGAAGCCUGGCUCUCCUGGUUCCACUGACACAUACCAUUAGGGCUUACCAAGUUAGGUUAGGUGGGUUACUAAUGUUUACAACUGUACCUGGAUCAAUUAAUAUAUGCAAUAAAGACAGCAACUUAUGGA